UAGAAGCACUGCGCCUCCCAAUGCCGCCAACUUCGCGACUCUGCGUGAAAUCGAGGGCCGUCUCAAGUCCAUCAAGAACAUCGAAAAGAUCACCAACACGAUGAAGAUUGUUGCCUCGACCCGUCUCACCCGCGCCCAGAAGGCUAUGGACGAAUCUCGCAACUACGGUCAGACUUCCAACCAGGUUUUCGAGAACGCCGAGACCAAGGCCCUCGACGACAAGAAGACUCUGAUCGUUGUUGCCAGCUCUGACAAGGGUCUUUGCGGUGGUAUUCACUCCGGUCUGAGCAAGGCUACUCGCCGUCUUUUGCAGACUCACUCCAACGCCGACAUUGUCGUUCUCGGAGAGAAGGUCAAGGCCCAGCUGUCCAGAGUCCACCCCGAGCUCAUCACUCUGAGCUUCGCCAACGUCUGCAAGGACAUCCCCACCUUCGCUGAUGCUCAGGCCAUCGCCGACCAGAUCGCUCUGCUGCCCACCGACUACGCCAGCGUCAAGGUCCUCUACAACUCGUUCGUCAACGCUCAGAGCUACGAGCCCACCACCAUUGAGGCUUUCUCUGAGGAGGCCAUCACCCAGUCCGCCAACAUCUCCGCUUUCGAGAUCGAUGACGAGGCUCUCGCCAACCUCCGUGAAUACUCUCUCGCCAACAACUUGUACUGGGCUAUGGCCGAAGGCCACGCUUGUGAGAUCUCUGCUCGUCGUAACGCUAUGGAGAACGCCUCCAAGAACGCCGGAGAGAUGAUCAACAAGUUCCAGAUCUUGUACAACCGUCAGCGUCAAGCCGCCAUUACCGGUGAACUGGUUGAGAUUAUCACUGGUGCCACCGCCAGUGCCGACAUGUAGAAGCUGUCCUAAUGCUUCUGUGGGACUAAGUCGUCUUGUGUGUAGACUUGUCCAUAAAUACCUAGAUCUAUUAUCAGCCUGUAAAAUCAGUCUCAAUCCAUUAUAUUUCUUUUGUGGUUUUCAGUCUUUUGUUGCCUAGGCUUUUGAUGCAUUUGUUUA